UCUUUCCCGUGCUGUGCUCCUAUGACAGUGUGAAGCAGCCCUUCAUGGAUACGAGAAGUGAGGACAGGUACCAUCAAUCUAGUAUGCCACAUGCUGAUGGCUAUGACGCCGGUGGAUACCAGGGUCCAAGACGCUACAGGGACCACUCGAGCGUGGAUACUGCCGGCGAUUUAUGGAAGCAGCAUGAGUGUCGUGAGGGAAGGGAAAGACAGGAUUGCAGAGCCUAUGAGAACAGAGGCUAUGAGCCUGAGACAUACGCUUGUGUGAGUGACAAAGGGAUGAGAGAGAGUGAUCACUACCGAAAUGGUGAUUACUAUCAAGAUAGUGAAUGCGAAGAGCAGCAUGCUCAACGAGGGUAUGGCCGAGAAGGUGGUUAUAAGAGCUACCGUAAUCAUGGUUGGAGCAGGUCACAUGAUCGGCAUGGCAACAGCUAUGAUAGUGACUUUUGUGAUGAGCAGACGCAGAGGAAGUUAGCAAGACACACUGCUCAUAUGCAGAGAAGUGGCGACAGUCAACGGAACAUAAUGCAAGGUGAGAGCAGUGAUCAUGAGGUUGACUUUUAUGAUUGUUAUGGUAGCACUCGGAACAUUUCGAGAAGGAAAGGGAGUGACAGCUCUGAUGGAGGCUACAACGCUCGUGGAAGCCAACGACCAGUAAGGAUAGAUUCUGAAGCACGCUACAAGAGAGAUAACUGUCACAGCCAAGAUAACAAAUGCUCUUCAACUGCUGACAAACAUGGGAACAACACUGGAACUUAUGAUAAUUACUGUGGAAGGUCGAAUGGAAAGUACAUAACCGAAGAAAACUAUGUCGAGGAUGAAAGUGACCUGUACCGCUGGAGGGACCACCAUUACACAAAAGUGAGAGAGGGUGUGCGUCACCAUGCUGAGCUGAGUAGUUAUGAGCCUAGCAGCUAUAGCGUUAGAGAGCAGAGCUAUGAAGAUUAUCACAUGGAAGAUAACUACUCAGAGAGGAGCAGAAGGGGUGCCUAUGAGUGUUAUGACAGACAUGAGAGUGAUGACACUUCUCGUAACCAGCAUAGGAACCAGAAAAGGAGUGACAGGGAAGGACAUUUGUACUACCAUAAUCAAAGGGCUGAUGAUGGAUACCUUCCACAUCGAAGCUCACAGCAGUAUAUGGACAGGAGAACAAGCCUUGUUGAGAGUUUUCGUCAACGUGAGUCAUGCAGGACGGACACUGAUUUAGUGCAACGGCAGAGAGACCACGACUGCAGUGAAUAUGAAUCACAUGUGUACAGAAACAGGGGCCUAUGAAGACGAUGACAUGUAUGUUAGUGAAGGCAUCUCUCAUUCUCAGACUCGGUACCAAGAGGAAAGAAACAGUGAUGAUAGCUUGCAUUACCAUAAACGAAGACCCAGGGAUGACAAACUUUCAUAUUGUAGUUCACAGGGCUACCUCAACAAAACUCACAAAAACGAGGACAUUGUUGAGGGUCACCGAAGAGAAUUGCAGAGUACUGACAUGGAGUCUAAAUCGGUACAACCGGAACAAAGUUCUGCUAGAAAACGCCAUGGAAAGAGUCUCCCUAACCUCUCCGUCACGCAGGUGCCAGCAGCACGGGAAUAUGCAGCCAUUCCAAAGCGAAUGCCACUAACACCGACAACAUUUGCUCCUGCCAAUGAUGCCGAAGAAGGGCUUCUUGAAAUUCCGCGAUGCACAGAAAAUGGAAGACGGCAGGCAUUGGGAAGACAUGCUGGACCCCUUGUGGCCAAAGGGUCACAGAGGUUUGCCACAAUGAAAAAUGCAAGAAGAAUUGCAGAGGAAAUGGGAAUGGAAGAAGCCAAAGCUGAGGCAAGGGUUGUGGAAGAACAGGUGGAGGAAUUUUUGGAGGAAUAUGGCGGACAAGUGAAGCGCACAAGUUGGGCUCGGAGGAAUCAACUUCAGAGGUCACCACCACAGGAAGGGGAGAAAUUUGAUGCCUGGAACUUGAAAAGCUUCAAGGCCAUGAAAAAAGCCUCCGAACUUGGCAGGGAUAUCACAACGUGGCUCACAAUGUGGUCAAGCGCACUUAAAACCAUUGAAGGUCACUUUGGCACCGGGGUGGUGUCGUACUUCCUGUUUCUGCGCUGGUUGCUGCUGCUCAAUCUGCUCAUGUUCCUGCUGCCAGCACUGUUCAUCAUCACCCCUCACUGGAUCCUGCCUACCGUGUUCGAGCCGAAUGAAACGGCCUACACUGCAAUUACCAGCAUCCCGACUGAGCUGCGAGUGAUGGAAUUUUCAUCAGUACGGCUGUCUCCACCAAACCUGCUGCCUGAAGCAGAGACGGAUGACGGCUGGGCAGCUGGUAACCGCACCUUGCCGAAGAUGCAGGAGUGCUACGACAAGUACCACACUCGAGUAGCUGGCCAGACCAAGGGAGGCAUAUCACAGCUCCAAGAUUUCCUUCAGGGAACGGGCUGGAUGGAGCUCACAGCACUGUUUGCCGGCCGCUACAUCAACUCGGUUGACCACAUAGCAGGCACCAAGCUUCGCUACAACUUCCCCCUGGCCUAUGUGCUGACGAACGUUGCCUGCUUUGUGCUCUGCCUGCUGCUUAUGGUCCGAUACACAACAGUUGGAGUUCGGGAGGCACUGCUGGUGUCGGAAGGGAAGUUGCAUCGGUACUGCAACAUGGUGUUCGCCUCCUGGGACUUCUGUAUCACCGAUGAGCGAACUGCACGACUGAAGCAUGUCAGCAUUGUUCAGGAGCUCAAGAGUGACCUGGCAGAGGAGCGGCGCAGUGCAGAGAUUGCCAGCUGGUCUCGCCGCAAGAAAGUUGGCCUGUUUGUUGUGCGACUUUUGGUCAACCUCUUCGUGGUUGCUGUCAUUGUAGGCUCUCUUUUUGCUGUCUACAAUGCAACUAGCUUUUCAUUUCAGAGGCAAUCUCAGGCGCAGACCACUCAUAAAACCCUUGCAUUGGCGAUUCAAUUUGUGCCUUCGUUGGUCAUCACGGGCCUCAACAUUAUAGUGCCUGCGCUCUUCUCCAAGCUCAUCCGGCUUGAGAACUACUCGGUUGCAUUUCAAGUCAAGCUCACCUUGCUCAGGACAGUGUUCCUGCGCUUCACAUCCAUUUUUGUGCUGCUGCUGUCGCUGUACAAGCAGAUCAACUGCUCUCCCGUCAGGGAGAACAACUGCCUCGAAGGUUACGGGGAAUGCAAGAAGCCAAUGUGCUGGGAAACAGCGGUUGGUCAGCAGAUCUACAAGCUCACUAUGUUGGACUUUAUUGUUGGAGUGGCUCUAGUCUUCGUUGUCGAGUGCCCGCGAAAGUUAAUAGUCACUCGUUGUGAGUGCAAACUGGCCAAGGUGAUUGGUCAGCAGGAGUUCAACAUUCCAAACCGAGUCCUGGAUCUCGUGUACUCUCAGACCCUUUGCUGGCUUGGGACUUUCUACUGCCCACUCUUGCCUGCCAUCACCUUCAUCAAGUACUUCAUCAUCUUUUAUGUGCAGAAGUUCACGCUGAUGAACAACAGUGCACCAUCUCAGACACCGUACCGAGCUUCUCGAUCCAACACAUUCUUUGUUAUUGUCCUGCUGUUGGCUCUGUUUCUUGCUGUGAUUCCAUUCUCUUAUGCCCUUGUGGAGAUACAGCCGUCGUUGUCGUGUGGGCCAUUCCAGAAGUAUUUUUUCACGUGGGAGGUAGUACCCGAUCUGAUCAAUUCAUGGAAGGACCACCCCUGGGGCUGGUAUGUGGUCAAGGCCGUGGACUUCCUCACCAGCGUUGCUUUCGGCGUGCCUGUAGUCGUGGUGCUGGCGAUCAGCAUCUACUACUACUAUUCUGUGGCAGCUGCACAUGCUCACAUGGAAAAGGUCCUCAAGGACAAGCUUGUCCUCGAAGGGAAGGACAAACAGUUCCUUCUUGCCAGGAUUACUGAAGUUGCACGUCAACGACCUUCAUCGACAGCAUAGUCAUGGCCACAAGUAUUUGAUGUGACCUGUUCACACCAAAGCUUGUUCAGUAGCGCCAUGUUUUAGCACACUGCGAAGUGCCCUGAAGCUGCUGUCGCAUAUCUCAGCCUUGAUUGCAGUGACAGCUGCAGUUGAAGCCUGGCAAUGCCUGCGGGGAACUCGCAGCUGAACUGCAUCCUGUGCGGCUGCGGCAUUUCAGAGGAAGCUUUAUCUCAGGAUCAGCUCUGAUUUUCCUUUUCAAGUACACUGAAACCUCCAUAUAACGAAAACGGAUAUUAUGAAAGUAAAUAUAAAAUGUUUCUCGCCGAUAAUAGUGUGUAGUGAAUAUAUGUUUAUAACGAAUAUAGGAUAUAAGAGAGGUAUUUUUGUGGCAGAUCCAGCUUCGUUAUGACGAGGUUCAAUUGUACUUGUGAAAUGCAGAAAUGCUUUAAUUAGGCAACUACUGAACCAACUAGGAUGAAAUUUUUAUGUUUAAGGAAGAUUAAUUCUACGAGCUGUAGAAGUGAAAAUUUUAUUUAUGGCCUCAAUAUUUCUACUGGAAAUAUUGAAAAUCUGCCAAAAAAAAAGUGAAGCGCAGUGUUUGUAAGUCGAUAACUUUGCACCAGACCCAGAUAUUGAAGUUCUGUCAACUGCAUAUGUUACAGUAUCUGAAUCAGACGAAUAUUAUAUAUGAGUCUACAGCUUACCUGACACUGCUACAUGGUUUACGGGGAUUUGGUGAAGUCCUGCUCACAAAUUAGUGGUAUAUUCCAGAGGCAUGUAUAAUACUGAAUUGAUUUUCUCCGCUUUAGACGUUUCGUUGUGUGCAGUUUAGCGAAUUGUGAUAUCAUUCUUUUAUUGCCGAGUUACCGAGUUAUAAACUUGAUGCUUGCUUUUUUUUUUAGAAUUUUGCAAUUUUCAACAAAUUUCGUAAAGAAAUAAUGGCCUAAGUAACAUAUCUGCUUCUUACAAUCCAUUGAUUUUUACUUUUUCUUUUAAGUGCAGCCAACAUCAUCAAAUUCAGGUGCAGUGAAAGCAGAGAAAAACUAUUUCUCCAUUCCCAUGGAUUUACAUAGGAGCCCCUGAGCUAAAGCUCCCUCUUAAAGCAUCAGUGGUUACUUACAUUAAUUGCUUGCAUUAUUUAUCACAGUUGGUUUUAGCAUCCUGCUUUAUGCAAGUUCCAUAUGGUAGGCAUGAGCUUUUACAAGUGUUUUUUGAGCGUGCAGCAGUGGGUGGCUUGUUUACAAGAGUGCCAUGCUGUGAAGUCUAAUCUCUAUCUGUAGCUCUCUGCCAGAAGUGAAGCAUUUUGUACAAUGUGGUCCAGAGCACAUUGAUGUUUUUUUUUUUUGUUGUCUGUUUGGCAGUUCUGCCAUAACUGUGAACUUAGCCAACUUUGUGUGGCAUGUCUGUGGGAAGUUAUUUGAGCCUGCUUUCCUGAAAGACUGCGGCAAUAUCAUUUGCGAACAGCACUACGCAAUGGUGUGUGUUCAGCAUGCCUUGAGCUGGGGAAAACUAUUUGGCUGCUUGGGUGCAUUCUGUGCUUAAUUUUAUUACACACUGUAGUGUGGCCUCUCUUUGCAUAGUUUUACGAACACCUUGUUUGCUUUGAGAGGUUAUGAUUGUUUAUUCCUUUUAAGCAACUUGAUUCAAGUUUGUGCCUUAACACGGAAGACUGUGAUAUUAAAUAUUUAAGGGCAUAUAUUUUGGCCCACUAGGGGCUGCAAAGUCGUUACAUCUCAAGUGGCGGAAGCAGGAAGCCUGCACUUGCUGCUGGUCAGAUACUCCGGAAAGAUGCUGUUUAUGUGGAUUGAUUGCGGAACAUCCAGAACACUCAUGGUGGACUAGUUUUUGUUCAGCGUCAAAUUACAAGCUUAACUACAUGAUAGCCAAAUGCCUGCGUAUCUUAAUAGUCAGGUCGCUUCAUGUGACCGGUUGGGUCCCAUUUUCAUUAUCAAAUUUUCUUAACUCUUUUGGGGAGUGUCUCUUUUAUUGAUUGCAAGAUUCAUUGGCUGCAAAUUGCUUGCACUGUUCAGAUUUAAUCUUUCCUGCAUGAAGUCUCGAUUCUCAAGGGCCACAUAGUUACCAACUGUCUAGAAAUGGUGUUCUUUUUUUGUGUGUGUGUUUCCUCAGGUGAUCGUAUAUUUCCUGCCAAGAAGCUGAUUUUUACUGAUGGACAAUGGGCACAUGGCUGUUCAUGUGACACUCUUGUCACAAGAUUAUCUGCACAUGUUAAGGUUGUGUUAGCUCCUAGCUGGGGUUGCUGUUUUAGCAAAUUCUGUUCUCAAUUGUUGAUCUUGCAGUGUAAAGAAAACAUUUUGUAUUGUAUAUAUGCUGUUUUAUACUUGAAUGCAAGUUUUUAUGCUCGUUUGUAUUAAAUAAAGCAUGGUUGAUGCCAGAAAGGACGUUUUU